CAGUUCGCUUGGAAUAUAAAAGCGUGCUGGAAACGGAACGAUAUACCAGUUGGCUCCGAACGAUCGAAGCAAUCGGUAUCCAGAAAUGGGUACUAUGCUGGUAUAUGGCGCAACACUGCUCGUCGUGGCUUCCUUCGCCACGGCUUCAAAAGACGCGGUCUCUGUCGUCGCUGCUUCGACCGCAAACCCGACGACAACGACGAAGGGAACGCCAGCGUCCGACUACGAAGCGACCCUCGUUCCCAAGUUGAAACGCGGAGUCGUUGACGUUGGAACGAAUAUUUGGGCAAACGAGGGCAAUUUCCAGUUGAAAUCGGCCAACCCGUCGGGCGCGUCGCCUGUCGCGGUACAACAAAGUCAGGGCUCUCUUCAAAGCCCCGCGCAAGCCAACGGCCGGGCAACCUCUUACGGCAACCUUAGCUCCAGAAAUCCUACGGCUUCGUCGUAUUCGAGCCCGAGUGAAAGUUACAUCGUCAAUGGACCGAGCUAUGGGAAUACCGCGCAAAGUUACGGAGGUUCCGAUCAGACCCAAAACUCGGGAUAUUCGUCGUACUAUGCACCUCAACGUCAGUCGACGGGAUCGCCGAGCCCGGGGAAUUACGCUGUUUACGGGAACUCACAGCCGCUAACAAGUUCUGCUCAACAACAAAACGGACAGGGUGUCCAGAUCCAAAAUGCCGGGCUAAGUACUCCCUACUACAACACAGGCUUUUCCGGUGUUCCUCAAACGGUAAAAUCUUACGCCGACAAACAAUCGACCGGACAGUACAGAGCCGGUAAUGUGCAGACGCCGUACGAACAGCAAAAUGUCCCUAAAACGCAGAUAACUUACUCGCCAAGCCAUCAGUCCGAUUCUUAUGUCGUUUCGAACAUCGGUUCGUAUUCGUAUCCGCAGGCAUCGGGGGCGGGGCAAGGGUAUCAUUACGCCGGGCAGAGGGGCCCCGUAUUUUCAGCAACGUCGCAGAUAAAUCAGAACACUCCGAAGGGCAAUUCGGCGGGGCAAGUCCGACCGGAAUUCGCCCAAAUGUACGCGCCCAAUCAUCACAGCGCUUCCAGUUUCGUGCCGGAAGUACAGAGUACCGGAUAUAGUCCAGCCACCGUCGAUUUCAACGGGAAGAGAAUCCCUCUGCCCGUUCUUCAACUCCAGAGCGCUGAAAGUUUUCCAGGAUUCGCUCAAGCGCUUCAAAACCAGCCGCUUAUACUCGAUACCGAUACGCCCUAUCAAGCCCAAAACGAUUUCAGCUUCCUAGCCGAUUUUUCGAAAAGCUUGACUCCGCAGGCGCCAAAUAUUUUGCCCUUCCUGCACCCCCAACAAUCAAAUCAGCCCCAAGUUUUACCCGUUAGAAGCGCGAACGGAAGCCCACAAUUUCCGCAGUACAAGGGCGCGAGCAUCAACACCUCGCCCAGCUGGAAUUUGGGACAACAGGCGGGCUCGUACGAACCCUUGCGCAAUCAACCUCAGCUUCACUUCGCUGGAAAACCGGCUCCACCGCCACCGCCACCUCCGCCACCGCCGCAGGCAACUUCGUCGAUCGUUUAUCACCCUCCGUUGAGCUCAAGGCCCGUGGCGGAGAUUCGUGACGACGUCGAGGUCAUAAAGAGAAAGAAGCGACCUCCGCCACCCAAGCCCGACUUCGACGACGACGAUGAUUUGGACGAUGGUUACAAGGCCAUAGAAAGAGAGUACGGGCGUCACCAGGACGACGCAGGAGACGACGACACUCCGCAACAUGGGAAACAUUUGAAAGAUUCCGAUUCAGACAGCGAAUUCAAACUAUCCCGAAGUUUUCCGUUCAAGUCUUACGAUGAGAAAUUCAGCAAAUAUUCGAAACCAUCCUCGGACGAAGAUUCCUCCGACGAAGACAGACCCGUGUCCAGGUAUCGCUCCCAAUCGUCCGCCGAAGAAGACGACGACUACGACGGUCACUCUUCGACCCAUCAUGCCGACUACAGAUCCCACAAAGCUAGACCCGGUAGGUACGAGGAUGCUGGCGAGGAAAGCCAGAAACACGAAAGACACGACGAUGCCGAAGAGGACGAUGAACACGACAAGCUACCGACGUCUUACAAAGCCUACGGGAAGGAUUUUGAACAGGAAUUUGAGGAUUCGUACAGAAAAGAGCUGCCGAAAAACCGAUACGUGCACAGGAAGGAGGUGCCGGAAAUCGACGAGCCAUCCGCGUCUUCUUACAAAUCGUACUCGAACUCGGAAUCGGCGCCAAAGUCCUCGAGGUACGCGUCGAAAGAAAGAAAGGGAUACCACCAAUCCCACGACGGCGAACCGGAGGAAAGUACGAGCUACGAUCGUCCCCACAAUUCGCAGAAGUACAGGAGAGGCCCGAAGAACGGGGAAAGCGAUGGCUACGGAUCGAAUAUCCGAUCUUAUAACAACAAAUCCCCGAAAGUAGUCCACGAGGAGUCGUUUGGUUACAGAACACCGGAACCCGGAAGCUAUUCCAAGUACAAAAAAACACCGACGGGAGAUACUUAUUCAUCGGCGAGGAAGUCCCCGAAAAUGGACUCCUAUUUACAAGCCAGCAGGUCGUCCUAUAAGUCGCCGAAAAAUGACAAGGCCUUCGAAAACGGAGACUCCUAUUCCUACUCGAGCGGAAGCAGCUGGAAGUCGGACAAGAAAUCGCCGGAACCCGCCGAUUCGCACGGGCACGCCACCACUGACGCUUUCAAAACUCUUGCACAACCGGAUCACGCGUCCAGUUUCUACGCGCCGGCUAUUGGCAAAGAAAAUUUCUUUUACUCAAAAAGUGAAAAAAUAGUUAGGGAUUUGACGGGUAUCUAAAAGAUCGAAUUCGAGGAAUCAUCGCCACGUUAUAUUGUUGUAUAUUUAUAAAUACUUUAAGUGUUUUUGUUUUUUGUUUUUUUUGUUCGUUGCUUUCAUUUUUUACUGUAUGAUAUGCUUUUUGGAAUAAAAUAUCCUGUGAGAAUUGGGUUAUUUGAACAGUCA